AUGGCUCCCGUCCCGGAGGCCUAUUUCCCGUCCCUGGACAAGUGCUUCUCUGGGGACACUCAUCUUUUGUCAUGGAGGAGAGCGUUUAUUCAUUUAAAUGACCCAGAAACAUUUACCGAGAAUGGAGGUGUUGUUUCGGACUUCUUGUCGCAUCCUGAAAGUGUCAAGCUGCUGUCGCGCAGCGUGAACUCCUUCCCCGAGCCGUCCUCCCAAUCCAAGACCGACUUCACUUCAAAGACAGCGGCAAUCCAUGUGGAAACCAAUACGAAUGCCUCGCCGAAUCUUGAGCAAAUCAAAGCUGAUGCGCAAUGGCUCAGCGAAAAAGCCAAAAUUGACGAAAUAUCAGCCCUACGUAUUGUCGUUCUCGAAUGGCAAACGCGAUCUGCGUCACGCUUGACAAGCACAUUUUCCAGCGAGGAGGCCACGAGCUUGGAAAGUGCGGCGGGUUCGGAUAAUUUGCGAAUGUCCGUGGCUGGGCCUCACCUCGCAAGCAUCUUGAAGGAGGCUAUCAGUGAUCCAGAUCCGACUGCAUUUGACGACGAAGGCAGCAGGCGCUCACGAUUGCGAGCCUUGUACCUUUCGGAAAGAGUUCAUCUUCUGAAGACGUCGCGGAAACUUCUUGCGCUUUCACAAUACAAUGCGCAUAAUGGGUCUAUCCCUCUCGACACCGGCAAGGACAGUCUCUUGAAGCUAGGGUCUACACUCUUCCAAGAAAGAUCCGUGGGUGAAGGCCUCCAUAGACUUGUUGAGGAUUGUAUUUCUGCGAUUCGAAAGCGACUGCAAGAUCUUGACUCGACCGGUUCCUGGCUGGGAACAGCAGAAAGUGAUCAGGAGACAGAAAACUCAUGGAGGACUACCCUUGUGGAGGAGAUUGUCCAUAUCUUGCAGAUGAUCUUCCACCAAUUGCGUCAAUCGCAAGCCAUUCCUAGUGGACCUCUCCUUCUUUCGUGGCUCGAACUUAUGCAAGAUUACGAUUUCCUGGAGAAGCUUCAAGUGCCCUGCGAUCAGCCCGUGGAGCUGCUCCUGCCACUUCAGUCAUUUGUGUCAUUGACUACCUUGGCUUUCUUCAAACUAUCAGAGUCUUUUGAGGCCAUUCUGAAAAGAAAAACACCAGAGGCGAUUCCCUCAGCCCGUACGGCCUAUUUCUUGUCCAAAGAUACAAUAUCUAAGACGACAGAAAUACUGGUCAAUGCGACAAUUCAAAAUAGUACGGUUCAUCUCGCCGGCUUUGCCUGGGGACUCCUUCUCAACACAAUGAAUGAGAUGGCCACUGAAGAGAAGAAUGCUCGGGAGCUGGAGCAGUUCAAUAGUGCUGUGGACUCUUUCAACUCAAACAGACGCAAUUCUGUGCCGUCUCGGGGGUCGGAAGAUUCCAUCUACGAGGUGCUGCUUGAAAAGGCCCGAACGCCUCAUUUUGGCCCGGAAGAUGCGAUUAAGGUAUUUACUUCCAGCGUUAUUGCGGAUUCGGUGUUUAGCCAGAUCGCGACCUUGUCUGGCAAGGCAGGCUCGAUGUCAGCUGUGGAUGAGGAAAUGACGUAUUCAUGCGUCCGGUUAGAGCUUCUCUCUCUAGUCGAGUUUACAACUUAUUACCUCGAUUACUCUCCGGAACUCAUGGAGUCCGUUCUGGCAAUUCUGAGCGGCACGUCUGAAGAGAAAUGUUGGAUUUCAAAGUCGACCUAUGGACUCGACCAGGACCCUCGGACUGUCUUUGUCAGUAACGCCACACUGAUGGAAAGAAUCUUCCACAUUGCUAGAUCGAGGUUCCCCUACGAAACAGUUCCUUUUUUGAGGCUUUGUCGUGCGCUAUCAAGUGGCCAGUCAGUCAAUGAUGACGGCAUUCCACUGAUCAUGGAUGAGCUUGAGAACAUGGAUACUUUUACCCAACUGGUCCCCCCCACUUUCCAGGGAUACGAAACCCCCCCCCAGGAUGAAAACGCCAAUUUUGUCGCUCUUACGCGAUCUCUUCCGAUGAUUGAGGGGCCUUCGCCUUCUCUCCACCCGCGUGAGCCGAACUCAAGCAACGCUUUGGUAGUCACCGGUUCCUCCGAAUUGCCGACAUCAACUAUUGGCCAAGUGAUAUCCGAGUCCAAACCGGCAGUCAUUAUGUGGCAGCACCGAUACUCGUGUUUGAGCUAUCUAGGUAGUUGGCUUGAGGAGUGGAGUGAAAGUGGCGUAAAUUCCCCUGAUUGGGAUGCCGAAUCUGGCUCUGAAAUUAUUGCUCUUCUCGCAGAUCUCGUUGCCAGCGCCCAAGUUGUACAGAUGGAAGAAUCUAGUGGCGCGACUGCCAGACGACUCUUGGAGAUGGCCAGUGACGGUCUUUCUCGACAAGGCGAUAUCGUCUCGGUCAUACUGGAUAUUUUCGAACGGCAUUUACAAAGCGCCGGUACUCAGGGGAAUACUGCCCAAUCUUUGGAAAUUAUCAUGGGUUGCAUGCGAUUCACUCAGGAAGUUCUCAAAAUCCUCCCUGGCCGAGUUUGGCCUUUCCUCAGUCGGAGUAGUUUGAUUGGGGCAGAUGGGAAAGGAGGAGUCAUGUCUGGUAUCAUCUCAGCAAUGGAGAUACCUUCGGGGGAGUAUCCGUUCCUCUCCAGCUGCAUUAAUCUCUUUUCCGCCGCGAUCGACGACACCGCAUCCCGUGCUGUGUUACGAAAAAGCCCCGGUAGCGCUGCCAGCAAGUCAACCAAUGUCUCUGAUUGGAGUGCCAGUAUCCCUUCGCAUGUCAUGAGGAGCAUUAUUCUUAAUUUCACCAGAAUCAUGGUCGACAUUUACAACAGCAACGGCAACUGGAGGUUCAACUUACCAUCUCAACGUUUCAAGAUCAAUGAAAUGCUAGCCGACUCUUUCGACCGCAUCCUCCACUACGCCUUUGGAAUCAGUGAUGAUGUGAAGCCCGAGACAAAACUCACCGGGGUGUUAUCCUCGUCCGCUACCUACAUCCUCGACAUUCUCCGCCCUCGGUCUACUGCUGACCUACCCUUCAACCCGCUUCUCCGCUUAAUCACAGAAGGCCUCCAAACCCCCCCUACUUUGCACCUUCGCUUCCAGAAAUUAGUCGAAAGCCAGGUGAUCUCGACCUUGAAUCUCUGCAUCAAAUUGGUACAGGCAGCGCGCCUAGCCACUCAGCCGGCUACGUUACUGGAGGAACAGCUGUUCAAAGCUACCCCUGUGUUGGUGAAGCUUUACGCAUUGCAUGAUGCUUACCGGCUCCCAGUCGUUGAGCUGUUGGAGCAGCUCGUCGUCGGCGCUGCUUUGGAUCUCAACAAUGAGCCACCAUCGCUCGUAGGUCACCUUGGUGCCAAAUCCUGCUGUCUAUUCCUCGAUGUGCUCUCACAGUUGGAUAAGCCGCUUGCAGAUGAAAAUUUGUUGCUUUCAGUUUGGCGUCUGCUAUCAAAUUUCGUCAGCAAGCGCCAGCAGUGGCUUGCAGUGUUCAUACUCACCGGUGCGUCUCCACGCCAGACACUGAAAAAGGCCGACAAGGAAGCAGGUCCGGCAAUGCGAGGCACACCUUUCUUACACUUGGCGCUGGAUAAGCUUGCCAACAUUGAGCAAGAAGAACCUCAGGUUGCUCUCGCUCUCUUGGAGUUUGUUUCUCGUGCACAGGAGAAUUGGCCAUGGGCCACGCCACAUCUGAAAAAUCAUCCACAGUUCUUUAACAGCAUUGUCGGCUUUGUCUCAAAGCUGGAAAUCGCGUCCAUGCCCGUCACAGAUCAAAUCUUCUCCACGAGAAUUGCCGCAGUUGUUGCUGAUAUCUGCGCAGUAUAUCUGCACUCAGCCAAAGAAUUAAGGGACCGCAGCUUCAUUAAGACGCUUAUUCCACUUGUGCAGUGGUACAGUAAAGAUGCCGUGGACGUCUCUGCCUACAACCACUCGUUGCACGCAAAUUUGAAGAAAAACUUCGAAGCCCGGUAUUCUGGCUGCAAACUCAGUGAUUUCAAGCGAACUCCAUUGACAGGUCGCGGUUUGGGACGCGAAUAUUACUAUGACCUUGGUAUGGGUCAAAAGUUGCUAGCGUUUGACUUUGCAUGGAACGGUGGUCGUCGAAACCAAGGCUUUUCUGAGGAAUUUGCACGUGCCAAUAUUAACUUGUCUUUAGUUGAGGCACAAGUGACCCUCCUGCACAGCUGGAAGUUUUUUGCAAUCGAGCAUUGCGCUGAUUUUAUGCCCGAUCGCCAAAUCCAGCGUUCAAUGGCCGUUGUGGUGCAAAAUUGUCUGGAAGCCAACACUCGCAGCGCCCCUCCAGAGGCAAUCUUUGAGCGUAUCCAACAAGCCCGUGUAAGCUUUGCGCAAGCCCUUCUUCAACGUCUCGUGGAAGUGGGAGCCCACGGGGCGGAGGUUUUCAGUCUCUUGGAGACUGUCUAUAAGACUCUGCGGGCCCGGCAUCGAACUUAUGAAGAAGCAUUAAUCAGCGAUGAUACUGAAUAUUAUCGUUCGCUUCUGAAUGUGCUCUUCUUGAGUCUUCAGUUCCACUUGCCAGGACCGAACCGAGCCAAUCCUGAGGCUCUCAGCAAGCAGACUAGCGUUUCAAACGACUUGAGUGUGGUUGUUGAAAUAGUGAAAACCGUCGUUGCCCAAGGUUUUAAAUCACUCACCACCUAUCUGCAUGAACAACCGGAGAAGUGUGCUCCUAAGGAUUUUGCUAUCAUCAUCGCCAUCCUUCAAAGCUGUCUUCAGGUCAAAAACGCGGACCGAUUGUACGAGCAUAUUGCAUUCCACCUUGCUGAAAAUGACGUUGCACGCCACGCCACUACCUUGUUCUCAUGGGCAGACCAGCUGACCGUGGCGGGUGAUCCGAUUUACGGAGAGCUCAGUGUCUCCAUUCUUGUCAAGAUGUCCACCCUUCCUUUGCUUGCUGAGCAUUUGGCCGCCGAGGGCGCAUUCAUGAGACUUUCGACAUGUCGCCUCACCAAUGUCCUCCGACAGCCAAAAGGGUUUGGACCUUUCGACCCUAUCCCCCGGCUUUACACCAUUUGGACUGGGGGAAUUCUUCCUCUAUGCUUGAAUCUACUCCACAACGUGGUGCGGUUCGCGCCGGAGGUAGCUGCAUUCCUCAAUCAAUUUGAGGGCCAGCUGACCCGUGCAUCUGAGUCUUUCUCUACGGCCCAUGCGACUGCAGUGGCUCCAGGCCCAGCCGCACAAUGGCUUAGCCUUAGUAUGACUUCCGAAGCGUACUCGCUUGCGCUCAUUUCAUUCAUCCUCGUCCGCUUCCGCGAAGCUGGUGCAAGUGCUGGACUUGACACACAGGCCAUCCAAGAAUUGAAAUGGGACAAAACGCAGGUCAAGGAGGAUAUUGAAGAACUGCUUGGCCGACGCCCUGCUUUGCGCGCCCGCAUUGUUGCGACUAAUGAAAAGGAAGCCGAAUGGUUCCGGCAGAAACCGUUGGACACUGGCUCCAGCGCAGAAAAUCGACUGGAAGAGAAAGUUGUGGCAAGCCUGAAGGCAACGCUAGCUUGCUUGGGGGGCGAAGAUGAGUAA